AGAAACACACUUGCAGAAAUGUAACAACAUUGUCAUUUUCUUGGCUUCUCGUGUCCUCCGCUUCACCACUUCUCUGAGAUUGUUCAGAUUCACGCUUUACCUCUCCUCACCGUAGCGAGGAAGUGAACUUCUGGUGAGUGCUUGACCAGUAAUUGUUUCUAAAUGUGAAAAGACCCAAAUGUUUUAAAACCCUAAUCCUCAAUUUUACCCUCAAAAGUUUUCAUUUUUAUGAGCCCAUUACAUAUCUGUGCACAUCUCUGUUCCGCCGCGAACCAGCUAGUUGUGUCGUGCCGUCAUCCCGCCAGCCAUGAAUCGCGUCUUUCACUCUCCUCUACGCGCGACUCUCCUUCAAGGAACAGUUGGAAUGAAGUCAUCAUUGCACGAAGACAACAUGUAUGCUCUGUUCCCCGAUCAAUUGAAGCAUUAACUCAUGAGAUAGAAAGGGAUCCUGAGAUGUCUCAUAAAGAAAAGAUUUGGACCAAAAUGCCUCAAAUGAGAUGGCUGCACAAAUGGCAUCAACUCAGGGCUAACAAAGACAGCAUAGGAUAAGGCUUGAGACGAACAUACAUAAAGAAUUAUAUGCAUGCUUAUUUUGAGACUUGUAGUGUCACUUUGCAUUUUUUUUCUAUGAAUAUUGAUCUUUUGUGUUUAUGAAUUAUUAUUUUAUUGAUAAACUUUAUAUAUAUGUUUUUGCUUUUUGUUUAAAGUUGUUGAGGGAUUUUUUGGUGGUACUAGUGGCCACUGGAAAAUAGUAAACUUUUAUUUAAUUUUUUUUUUAUAAAAUUGACUUAACCCAGGGUAAUGCCGUGGGUAACGUAAUACUCAUAACUUUUCCGUGGAUAAUUACCCACUGUGAACUCCUCAAUAAUAUUGUGGGAUAGGCCGUGGGUAACGUUACCCACGGCAUUUUCGCCGAUAAUGAGUUACC